AUGAAAUCAGGAAAAGAGAUAUCUGAUUCUGAUAAGGAACUCAAGCAGAUAAAUAAUUCUAAAGUAGAGAAAAAAGUGCAACGAGGAAACAUAAAAAACGAACCCCACCUGAGACCAAGACCAUCGGCAACCCAGAGUAGUUCUGAGGAGAGUUCCAGAAGAAUGAGGGGCCGACCCCCAGGUAGUCUCAACAAGGCAAAGAAGGAGCCUGUCUCUCAGAAACUCCCCCCUUCCUAUCCACGUCGGCCAUUUCCUGGACCUAAUGAAGCGUCGCGGAUUGUUGACGUCCCAGAGUUUUAUCCCAGUGAAGAGCAAUUCCAGAAUCCCAUAGAGUAUAUAAAUGCAAUUAAGCACCAGGCGGAACCAUAUGGCAUGUGUAAAAUAGUGCCACCUAUUAGCUGGAAGCCGGAGUUUAAAUUGAAUGAAGAUAUGAGAUUCUUUAGCCAAGUCCAACAUGUUCACAAACUUCAUCAAAGAUGGGGCCCAAAUGUACAGAAGAUAGAAUGUAUUCGCAAGCACUUGGAGUCACAAGGUGUAGAACUGCAACCCAUUGUGUUUGGUGGCAUAGAACUUGACAUGUGGAAUUUCCUUCAAACUUUACAACAACAUGGAGGAUUGCAGAAUGUUCAGAAUAAGAAAGGAUUCAAUAAACUCGCAGAUGCUCUGAAAAUACCCAAACUGUCCCAAGACAGACCAGCCAGACUCUAUGACGCCUACUGUAAAUAUCUGCUAUCAUAUGACACACUUUCCAAGGAUGAGAAGCUGAAGUUAGAGCAUCAGGUCCUGGCAGAGAGACAAAAGAGAAAGAAGAUAAAGGAUGAGGAAGAUGAGUGUUGUUUAAAGGGUAAAUCAAUGUCAUUGAAAGAAUACCAACGGAUAGCUAGGAACAUUCAGGCCAUGUAUUUUAAAGAGGACCCCAGUCCUGAAGUAGUAGAGGCUGAAUUCUGGAAGAUAACACAUGAUCGCUUGAACCAUCUGGUAGUGCAAUGUGGACACAUUGAUACAGCGACAAGCGGUAGUGGGUUUCCUUCAAAACGGGAGAGUCCAUUUGCAAAGCAUGGUUGGAACUUUACUCAGCUUGCUCAGAACUCUGGGUCUGUUUUACGACAUCUGGGGCCUGUCUGUGGCCUCACAGUACCCACAAUUCAUGUUGGCAUGUUGUUCAGUACUUCCUGUUGGUCGACAGAUCCGCACUUACUGCCCUAUGUUGUGUAUUCUCAUUCUGGUGCUGAUGUUAUAUGGAAUUGUAUCCCUAAGCCAGAAACUGAGAAGUUCAAAGUUGCUAUGAAAUCUCUCGUUCCAAAUCUUCUGUCAGAUGAUCCAAUAUGGCUGCCAGAAGAUACUGUCAUGGUACCUCCUGAUACUCUUGUAUCUAAGGGUGUGUCUAUCACAAAGUGUAUACAAAGACCAAGGGAGUUCCUCGUUGUGUUCCCAGAGUCUUAUACAUCCACCAUCAGUUGUGGUUACUCUGUAUCUGAAUCUGUCCACUAUGCAACCCCUGAUUGGCUGCCUACUGGAGCUAAAGCCGCAAAGUUGCUGAAGGACAGUUGUGAAAGAGAAUUGUUCUCAAUGUCUAGAUUACUAUUUAACCUGGCACGCAAUGAGAAAACAUCCACAGACUUGCUGAAGCUGAUUCUACCUCUAUUACAGUCCAUCAUUGAAGAAGAGGUUAAGCUGAGAAAAGAGCUAGCAUUUCAUGGUCUCAAAGACAGGGAGCGCAUGGGAACAAUAAAUGAGAACCCGAGCCCAAGUGCAAAAUGGCGACGUGGAGUACAAGAGGAGGAUGAUGUGUGUGAAGUAUCUAAACAGAUCUGUUAUUCAUCAAGGGUUGAGAAUGAACAUGACAGCAGUGUAUUCUCCUUACAACACGCAGUUCCACAUAUCAUGAAGCGCAAGAACCUAAAACACUGUAGGCUCUACUACAGGUAUACAGAAAAGGAGCUAAUGGGAAUCCUUGAUAAAGUAAAAGAGAGAAUUGUUAGCAAAACACCUAGUAAAUCUACGGAGGCCACUUCACCUAGGAAGAAAGCUAAAAUAUAAAUAUAUGCUCAACAGGGUGUACAAGGAUUUCAGACUCUUUCCAAUAUAUACAAAAAUAACUCCCCCCCCCCAUUUCAAGUGGAUCUCCUUGUGUUGUAACAUUAUAUGGAUUACCUGCCAUCAUUAGGAUUCAAGAUGGCAGCAACACUUAUAGCCAUCAUAGAUGACUAAUUAUGUUAGAAUAAUUAUUCACCAACCAUUGGUCAGAAAGAAUGUAUAUCGGAAAGGCAGACAUUAGUGGGACUACUAUACUGACUAAUGGCUAAUGCUGGUCAAAAAUUCU